ACAGCACUUCCAACUAUUGAUGGAAGUUGGGAGGGGAAAGCAAGGCUUAGCACGGGUCAAGGCAUACCCCUACCCUCACUGCCUCGCUGUACGAGUACAGUACGUUCCAGGGAAAUUUUCUGGUCGGGCACCUACUCUAUUGUGCCCAACGGCUCAGGAGGACAUUUCUUUCUUCCUUUUCUUCCCACUCCUCCUUCCGGGCCUCAAAUUUUGCUUGUCAUCUCUGGCUUUUCCUUGUUCUUUUCCCCCUUGCCUUUGCGUAUCCUACUUGCUUUCUUUCUUCCUUCUAUUUAUCCUCCUUGGGGCGUUGGUUGGUGAGACCCGGCUAGUUAGCGAGCGGGCGAGUGAGCUACAGUGGUGAGGAGCAAACGAGUGAGUCGGGAAUGAUUGGGUACAGUGCGGGAAACGAGAAGUCUAAUACUGCGAUCUCUCAUCAGUAGUAGUAUCCCUUUAUACGAUGGCACGAUAUCCUUCAUUGGUAGCGGGAUCGCUGUUGUGGCUUUCCGCGUUGAGUCGUUUAUCGGUUUCUCAGUCCACAUGGACGCUGGAUCCUCAGAAACACCUUGCCCAGAUGGCCAAUCAUAUGUGUCCGUGUUCCCCGCUCCAGCCCUUGUUCCUAAAACCAUCAAUUAUUCAUUGUGAGCUUUUCUGACAAGUUAUUCACGGUUCGACAGCGGCCGCGGUCAACACUACUAUAUACACCGUCGGAGGAACAGCCUACUACUGGACUCCAAAAUCUACUCCCGGUUCGGUGCGCUCUAGCAACAAUGAUUCCGUCUAUAUCCUAAAAACAAGUAGUGAGUUGUCCUCCCUCACCCCGAAAUCCGGAUCGUGUGGGGAUUGUGUUUCUAUUGUUAUUAUUUCAUGUAUUAACAAGCAAGCUUCCGCAGAUUCAUACCUACGUGCCCUCGACCUCUCCGGGCCCGUGGACUUCAGAGCCGAAUUCUCAGACACGACGGAGGUGAUCUCCGAGCUCCCCUUCGAAAUCCCACAUGUAAAGCGUGGCGCAAUCUGGGCGGACCAGGACACAAUAUACUUCUGGGGUGGAGAACUAGAGGUGGAACCCGUAUUCAUGGACGGGGACUUCCAGAAUAAGACGAGGGAGUGGCCGGACCCGAUGAAGUACUACACUUAUGACCUCACCCAGCCGAAGGGGUCCGGGACGUGGAAAACCGUCUCCAUCUCGACGAGGGAGGGGUCGGAUAAGCUGACCACUUCCCAGUCUUACGGCGAAUAUACUUACUCUCCCGAGGCAAGGAAGGGGUUCUACCUUGGGGGGGUUAUGGCCAGGCCCCAGUUGAAGAAUAAGGACGGGUCGAACGCGACUAAGGCUGGGUCCCCUUGGUACCCUGUGAGUGCAAUGCUCGUGUUCGAUGCUGCGGCGAAUGUGUGGAAGAAUGAGACCACUACGCAGGGGUUGACUGAAUUGCGGGAAGGGGCUAUGGCGUAUGUUCCGGGUGUUGGGGAGAAGGGUAUAUUGGUUAGAAUGGGAGGGGUUAAUAGGGAGGAUGAGUUUGUGGGUGUUCCACCAAUUCUCCAUCACAUUCAUCUAGGACUUUGUAUAUAUAUAUACGGCAGUUCACCCGGGGGAAGGAAGAAUUUCGCUAACUUACGUAUCUCCUUCGCGCAGAUCGGCUUCGACGCCGUCUUCGUCUACGACAUCGCCACCAAAGUCUGGUACCGCCAAUCAACUACCUCCAAAACAAACAUCUACCCGGAAGAUCGCUGGGGAGUGUUCUGUGCCGCGGCCGUUGUGGCGCCGGACAAGACCAGCUUCACAAUCUACGUCUAUGGGGGAUACAAAGGCAGUGGCCAUGUAAAGGGUACUUGGGCCCUGACAAUGCCCUACUUCCAAUGGAUCCCUCUGGACUCCUCCGGCGAGCCGGAGCUCGGACGCUCGGGUACAACGUGCCAGACUGUCGGCGGACAGCUCGCUCUGGUCCGCGGUCGCGCCAAGGAAAUAGAACGGGGCGAUCCAAAUGGUGGGACGUACUUCUAUGAUAUGACGAAUCUUACUUGGUCCCUUGAGUAUCAGCCCUCAGAGUAUCAGGUGCCAAAGACCAUCUACGAUAUUAUCGGUGGGAAGUACGUUUCUCCUCCCUUCCCUUUCGCACCAUUUCCUACGCUGUGUAUGGUGAGAACUAACAAUUACAAAAAGUGAGCAAGGCGGCGCCACUAUCAGGGGUCCAGUAGACGACAAAAGCUUUGCGGGAGGCUUGGGUAAGCUCUUCGCCGCAGCAAAUAUCACCGAUUCUCGAGACCCAAACACCACGAACCCUGGCGGCGGCGGCGGCGGCGGCGGUGAAAGUCCCACACCAACCGGCGCAAUUGCCGGUGGUGUCGUUGGUGGAGUUGCGGGUCUUGCGGCUGUCGGCGCGGGUAUCUGGAUGUUCAUGCGCUGCCGUCGUCUUAGAAGUGCGGAUGUGGCCAUGGAAGGCGGGGCUAUGGUUGGAAACCAGGAGAGCUCACUCAUGGGAAUGCACAAGCACCCCCUCGAACAAAAUCAUGAGGGGAACCCGCCCGGGAGGUAUGAGAUGGAUAGUGUGCCUAUAACACAGCCGGUACAUGAACUAGAUAAUACGGGGGUGCCGGGAGGGGCAAGUAAAUAGAGAGUCCCAGAGGGAAAGAAAUGAAUGAGUGGGGAGUGGGAGGAACCAGGAUAUUUUUCAAUUAACCCUAUAAUCGGCGUUAUCCGUCUG